UCCGGGAGCUCGCUGCUCCAGCAACAGCUGGAGCCUGGCAGGAGACGGUGCAGGCGACGUUCUCUCGCCCUGAUCACCCACCUGUGCCAUCAUCCUCGUCAGCUAGGUAAGGCAGCGGGCAGAGGUGGAGCUGGGACCCACCUCCAGCACUGUGGCUCUCCGAAGCUGCCCGGGGGCCCGCCGGCACACAGUAGGUGCGCUCUGAAUGCAGCGUAGGCGGAGGCAGGAAUGUUGAAUGCAAACGAACGUAAUGAAUGAACGGAUGGACACAUGAAUGAAGGUGGGAUGGACGCGUGAAGUCGUGAGCUGGGAGGGACGAGCCUCUCCCUCCGCCCUCCGAGACUCGGGGGUUGGGAGACCUGCAGCCGAGACAGGCUGGGGCCCCCCCUCCCUGCCCUGCCCCUCCCGCGCCGUCCCCGCUCCCCGCGGCGCACAGCUCCGCGGAGCCCGCGCCCAGCCACAGCCCGCGUCGGAGCCGGCGCUCGCGCCCAGCCGAGCCAGCCCAGACAGCGCAGCCUAGGAAGGGGGCUGCCCCAGCCUGGUGCCCGCCCCCAGCCCCGAGCCCCGGGCCCCAGAGACCGGCCUUCCGGGAGGGGAGGCGAAGUCCCGUUGCACGAUCGGGGGAUCAGCAGCCGAGGACGCCCGGGUCCCAGAGCCAACAGGUUCCUAAAGAACCCUUCGCGCCCUCGCUCCCCAGACCACCGCCCCACAGCCCCCGAAAUGCAAUGAGGUCCCGCUGGGGAAGCGUGUCCGUCGGCGCCCGGCCCGUGAACUGACUCAGGAGAGAAGGUGUUUGCAACCGGGAUGGCUUCUCCUUCCUAAGCUGUGGUGUUUGGUGGACUCAGACAGACCUUAGUGGCCUUGUGACCUUGAGCAAGGGGCUCAACCUCUCUGAGCUUCUGUCUCUGCAAAGCGGAGCUCUUAAUAGCGGUAACCCGCAAUGGCCAGGAAGCCAGCCAGUUUCUGGGUAAAACCUUUGGCGUUCAUUAGAGCUGAUUUCUCCUCACUGACCCUGUGAGGCAGAUUCAGUUAUUACUCUACGAGAUAGAUGGGGAAACCGAGGCUGAGAGGUGAGUUGGCCAACUGGUAUGGAAUGGGGAUGCAAGGCUUUCUCCAACCAUUUCAGGCUCAUCCUAACCCAUAUGAUUGUGAGAAUUAAGAGAGAGCUUAUCUGCACGUAACCCAGCACACUCCCUAAUGUUCCCUUUCUUCCUUCCUUCCUUCAGAAUGUUUGGGGCUGGGGCCCUAAACACCUGAGUGCAAGACUGGGCCCCCUGUCCCGAGGGAAGUGGGCUGAGGCCUGGCCCAGGUGCACCCCUCCCUGGGGAGAGCCUGGGAUGCCCAUCAGCCAUAGUGGCUCCUGAGCUCAUGGAGCCCUCAGCCACACCAGGGCCCCAGAUGGGGGUCCCCACUGAGGGCAGGGAACAGUCCCCGGAGCCUCCAGACUACGAAGACGAGUUUCUCCGCUAUCUGUGGCGUGAUUAUUUGUACCCGAAGCAGUACGAGUGGGUCCUCAUCGCAGCCUACGUGGCUGUGUUCUUCGUAGCCCUGGUGGGCAACACGCUGGUGUGCCUGGCCGUGUGGCGGAACCACCACAUGAGGACGGUCACCAACUACUUUAUCGUCAACCUGUCCCUGGCCGACGUGCUGGUGACAGCCAUCUGCCUGCCGGCCAGCUUGUUAGUAGACAUCACUGAAUCCUGGCUCUUUGGCCAUGCCCUCUGCAAGGUCAUCCCCUAUCUACAGGCCGUGUCUGUGUCUGUGGCAGUGCUGACCCUCAGCUUCAUCGCCUUGGACCGCUGGUAUGCCAUCUGCCACCCUCUGCUGUUCAAGAGCACUGCCCGGCGUGCCCGGGGCUCCAUCCUGGGUAUCUGGGCUGUGUCGCUGGCCGUCAUGGUGCCCCAGGCUGCGGUCAUGGAGUGCAGCAGUGUGCUGCCGGAGCUAGCCAACCGCACCCGGCUCUUCUCCGUCUGUGAUGAACGCUGGGCUGACGAUCUCUAUCCCAAGAUCUACCACAGCUGCUUCUUCAUCGUCACCUACCUGGCGCCGCUGGGCCUCAUGGCCAUGGCCUAUUUCCAGAUCUUCCGCAAGCUCUGGGGCCGCCAGAUCCCUGGCACCACGUCAGCCCUGGUCAGGAACUGGAAGCGGCCCUCAGUCCAGCUGGAGGACCAGGGGCAAGGCCUGGGUGCAGAGCCCCAGCCUCGGGCCCGCGCCUUCCUGGCCGAGGUGAAGCAGAUGCGAGCUCGGAGGAAGACAGCCAAGAUGCUGAUGGUGGUGCUGCUGGUCUUUGCCCUCUGCUACCUGCCCAUCAGUGUCCUCAACGUCCUCAAGAGGGUGUUCGGGAUGUUCCGCCAAGCCAGCGACCGAGAAGCUGUCUACGCCUGCUUCACCUUCUCUCACUGGCUGGUGUAUGCCAACAGCGCUGCCAACCCCAUCAUCUACAACUUCCUCAGUGGCAAAUUCCGGGAGCAGUUUAAGGCCGCCUUCUCCUGCUGCCUGCCCGGCCUGGGUCCCUGCGCCUCUCUGAAGGCCCCCAGCCCUCGCUCCUCUGCCAGCCACAAGUCCUUGUCCUUGCAGAGCCGGUGCUCCGUCUCCAAAGUCUCGGAGCAUGUGCUGCUCACCAGCGUCACCACGGUGCUGCCCUGAGUGAGGGUCGUGCUGGUGGCUCUGGAGGGAAGCGGGGGUGCAACCUGUCCUCUGCCUGGGCUGCUCCUCUGGCUCCUGGGGGGCCCACCCCCACACCUUGUGGAAAGACUGCUGGUUGCAGUGUGAGGCCGCCCGGGGCUCCACUCCUGGUUUUCUGCCUGUUUGCCUCCAGGCAGUGUCACUUCCCUUCUCUCAACUGUGUCCCCUAUGAGGGACGGAUGCGAGGAUUAAGCAUGUUCAGGAUAAGUGGAAAGCUCUCUGUAAACUGCAAAGCAUUACAGACAAGAUUAUCGUCUCGCUCCUCUCACUUGGCCAUACCCCAUGGUACCAUCCAUCGCCAUCAUCCUUCCAGAGCUUGGCCUGACUCCCAAAGACCUUCUCCUACCCAAUUACAGGUCUUCCCUGGAGUCUGCUUUAAGGGUCCCAGCAGGCAUUUCCAUCUGGUUCAGGAACUCCCUAAAGCCCAGACUGCACUUGGCAGCCGCUCCUUGAGGCCCAUGUGAACUAAUCUGAGCCCAGCCCCUCUCUGGUGGGAAAACAGCCCCCCACCCCCCAACCAGGUGCCAAGUGCACACUCCGCAGGCUGGACCCCGCUGAUUGCGUGGUGUCAUAGAACACGUGGCCGUUUGGCAGGGAGGCUAGCAGUCUGAAGCAACUCUCAUUAAAAGCCUGGCACUGAC